UGGCCGCAGGCGCCCCAGGCGGCGCGCACCGGCUUAACUGCGCUCCCCUCCCAGGCGGCCGGCCGCGCUUCCACCGCCCGGACCCUGUGGGCUGGACGCACUGGGCAUUGGCUGGAUACGCUCAGCACCAGCGGGACACACUCGGCAGCAGCCGGCAGCGUCGUUCCCUCCCAGGCAGAGCGGUCCCCGCCGGCGAGAUGCGACUCCCCGGCCCCCGCGCGCUGCUGCUGCUGCUGCUCGUCGCCGGCCCGGCGCAGCUCGGCGCCCAGGUAAUGGGUCAGGUCAGACGCGGCCACACUGAGAGCUGCCUCAACAAGCAGCAGGUCCUCACGGCCAUCCGCCAGUUGCAGCAGCUGCUGAAGGUCCAGGAGACCCGCUUCGCCGAGGGGCUCCGCAACGUGAGGAGCCGGCUGGCUGCGCUCCAGAGCUCUGCCAACAGAGUGGGUCCCGACAGCCCCCCAGUUUCCUGCCCCGCUCUGAACGCCCCUCGAGACGGCAGGAAGUUUGGAAGCAAGUACUUAGUGGAUCACGAAGUCCAUUUUACCUGCGACCCCGGGUUCCAUCUGGUGGGGCCGAGCAGUGUGGUGUGUCUUCCCAACGGCACCUGGACCGGGGAGCAGCCCCACUGCAGAGAUAUCAGCGAGUGCGCCAGCCAGCCUUGCCAGCAUGGCGGGACGUGUUUAGAAGGAGUCAACCAGUACACGUGCAUCUGCCCUCCAGGAAGGACCGGGAGCCGCUGCCAGCACCAGGCCCAGACUGCCGCCCCGGAGCGCCAGGCGGACGACCCCGCCUUCAGCCGCGCGCCCCGCUGCGCGCAGGUGGAGAGGACCCGGCACUGCAGCUGCGAGGCGGGUUUCCAGCUGAGCGGCACGGGCGGCGACAGCGUCUGCCAGGAUGUGAAUGAGUGUGAGCUCUACGGGCAGGAGGGGCGCCCCCGGCUCUGCAUGCACACCUGCGUGAACACACCUGGCUCCUACCGCUGUGCCUGCCCCAGCGGGUACCGGACCCUGCCCGACAGGAAGAGCUGUGAGGAUAUUGAUGAGUGCGUGAGCUCACAGCACCUGUGUCCCCGGGGGACCACAUGCAUCAACACGGGUGGAGGCUUCCAGUGUGUCAGCCCCGAGUGCCCGGAGGGCAGCGGCAACGUGAGCUACGUGAAAACCUCUCCCUUUCAAUGUGAGCGAAACCCCUGCCCCAUGGACAGCAGGCCCUGCCACCACCUGCCCAAGACGAUCUCCUUCCACUACCUGUCCCUGCCCUCCAACCUGACAACGCCCAUCACGCUCUUCCGCAUGGCCAUGGCCUCGGUGCCCGGCCGACCCGGACCCAACAGCCUGCGGUUUGGCAUCGUCGGUGGGAACAGCCGCGGCCACUUCGUGAUGCAGCGCGCAGACCGCCAGACAGGGGAGCUGAUCCUCGUCCAGCCCCUGGAGGGGCCGCAGACACUGGAGGUGGACGUUGACAUGUCAGAAUACCUAGACCGCUCCUUCCAGGCCAACCACGUGUCCAAGGUCACCAUCUUUGUGUCCCCGUAUGACUUCUAAGGGUGCUUGAGCGUGGGCUGUGGAGAUCUGGGCUCACGUCUCUUCAAAGCCUCGGCUGUGGGUAUGACUGCGAGACACUGGCCCCACUGCCCACCUGCUCACCUGCCUAUGCACCAGGUGUCCCGGGCCGCGCUGCACGCUGGCCCACAGAGUUGCACAGAAGGGCAACCACAAAAUCCAAACUGCUGCCAUCGCUUCUGUUUUCUGCUUUAAGGUUGUUCCCUUUGAUUAUGCACUAAUUUUCUGAAAUCUCUUUUCCAGGGGAAUGGGCAGCUUUUGAAAAUGCUGUGUGAAUGGCACUGUGAGUCUGAACUAGCUGGGGAGGGGAGGCUCAUGUCUGUCUGAGGUGGUUGCGAGUCCUGAAUUAUGGCAGUCAUGCUGAGGGUCAAACUGUGCCCUGUGUGUGUGGCACGGGGUGGGUCCUUGGCCACCACCCAGUGUUCUGCUGUUGUCUGUGUCCCCUCUGUGACAUGCCUGCCAGCUUUCUCACCAGAGAGGGAUGCAGGGCCCGGGACCCCCAUACUGAUUCUUCUAGACCAAGAGACCACCAUUAAAGAGUAGAUUCUGCCUGAA